GCUGCCAUUAAGGCGGAGGAGACCACAGAGGCUGGAUCGCAUUGCCACCCAACUUCAUGAUAUUUUCUCUCUGCGUGGGAAUCCUCGCUGUCCUCGGGAGUGAAUUAAAGACAGAGGGCAGCAGAGCUCCUAAACCUGACUGCUCGGGAUGCGUUCGGCACUGAGGAGUUUCUGAUACUCUCCAGCCGUCUGAGGAGGAUUUGCAUGGCUUUACAACUCACGCGGUAAGACUUUCUGCGCUUCUUCAAUCGCUGCGCAAUAGCGCGUCAAGGAAAGUUAGUGACACUUUGCGCGCAAAGCGAUUCAGUUUUUGGAUUGUUAUUCCGAUGGUUGACAAGUCGUUGGAUGAGGAGGAGAGCAUGCUGUAAUUGAAGAUGCGCCAGAGGUCGUGGCUCUUUAAAUGGUUGGGAAUCGGCAUUGGUGUUCUUCUGCUCACCGCUGCUAGCUAUUCUCAAGAUUCAGAUGACUGGCAGUAUGAGGAGUGCAAGCUUUCCAGAACAGGCCCGCCUGCAACCAUUGUAGCCAUAGAUGAGGAGAGUCCAAAUGGAACCCUUCUGGUGGAGAACAUGCAGAUAAAUGGGAGAGCAGAAGACCCUGACAGGACCAUUUCUUUAUCUUUACGGGACAACCACAACUAUUGGGUCAUUCUGGACCCGGUCAAGCAACGCCUGUAUCUCAACAGCACCGGACGACUUCUGGACCGAGAUCCUCCCUCCUACAUUCAGUCCAUUGUGGUGCAGGUUCAGUGUACUAAUGAGCUUGUUGGCACGGUGAUCCUACAUGAGGUGCGGAUAGUCGUACGGGAUCGAAACGACAACACCCCACGCUUUCAGCAGCCGCGCUACUAUGUAGCGAUCAAUGAGCUAACACCUGUUGGAACCACCAUCUUCUCAGGCUUUACAGGGAACAAUGGGGCUGUUGACAUUGAUGAUGGUCCUAACGGACAAAUUGAAUACACCAUUCAGUACAACCCUAAAGAUCCGACCACAAACAGGACAUUCGACAUCCCUCUCACCCUGUCUGGAUCAGUGGUUCUGAGAGAGAGGCUGAAUUAUGAAGAGAUCACACGCUACCUGGUCAUCAUUCAGGCCAACGACCGAGCUCCAAACCCAAAGGACCGGCUCACCGCCACCACCACGCUCACAGUGGAUGUGUUGGACGGGGAUGACCUGGGCCCAAUGUUUCUGCCUUGCAGCCUGGUAGACAACACCCGUGACUGCAGACCUCUUACGUACCGCGCCAGCAUCCUGGAGCUCACAGAUCCGGGCCGAGUAAACCCUGUCAACGUGACUCCUCCCAUUCAAGCUGUGGAUCAAGACAGAAACAUCCAGCCUCCAUCAGACCGCCCGGGAAUCCUGUACUCCAUUCUCAUCGGCAAACCUGCAUCAUAUGCAGAGUAUUUCUCCUUGAAUCAAACCACAGCUGAGCUUCAACUCCUGAAACCCAUCAGCAGGGAACAGUACCAGCAUUUGGACUUGGUAAUCAAGGCAGAGCAGGAUAACGGACACCCUCUCCCGGUGUUCGCUAAUCUCCACAUUGAGGUGCUUGAUGAGAACAAUCAGGCGCCGUAUUUCCAGGUGGCCACUUAUCAUGGAUUCAUCUCUGAGUCUGCUCCGCUGGGCACAACUAUCUCGAGCAGUGCCAAUCUCUCCACCCCCCUCGCCAUUAUCGCCCUGGAUAACGACAUCGAGGAGACGAAAGAUCCCAUGGUGCGCAUCUCUCUGGACAACUACAACAGCAUCUUUGCAGUGACGCCAAGUGGGAUCGCACGCUACCUGACACUACUGAGGCCCGUGGACCAUGAAGAACAGCCGAGUUAUGUCUUCACGAUGACUGCCUCAGAUGGAGUUCAGGAGAGCUCUCCAGUCACUGUUGAUAUCACUGUGAUUGACACCAAUGACAACACACCUACCUUCCCCAACGUCUCCUACAGCGUGAAUGUUUACACAGAUAUUCAGCCUGGGGACACAAUCUUACAGCUGACAGCAGUGGACGCUGAUGAGGGUCCCAAUGGGUUGGUGCACUACAAAAUCUUGGCAGGGGAUCAGGGACACUUCACCAUCAAUGACUACACAGGAAUGAUCACAGUGCUGCCUGGUGUCAACCUGACCGUGGGCCGCUCCUACGCCCUCACCGUUAGGGCCUCCGACAAUGGCCCUGCGUCCCAGAGAAGAAGUUCCAUCACUACGGUGUAUAUCGAAGUACUGCCCCCCAACAACCAGAGUCCUCCCCGUUUCCCUCAACUCAUAUACAACCUGGAGGUCAGUGAGGCCAUGAGGACUGGAGCCACACUGCUCAACAUACAGGCAACCGACCGUGAAAGAGAUCCCAUUACAUAUACCAUCCUGAGAGGAGAUCCAAACAACGUCUUUGAAGUCUCCCAAACGUCUGGCCUGUUGUUGCUGGCGAAGUCGCUGGACAGAGAGAUCACGGAUCACUACACGCUAACGGUCACGGCCUCCGAUGGCAAACCAGAUGGGACCUCGACCGCUACGGUGAAUAUAAUGGUGACUGAUGUCAAUGAUAAUGACCCUGAGUUCGAUCCUCUGCUUCCCCUUAAUCUCACAGUUCAAGAGGAAGAGGCAAAUGCUUUUGUGGGUCAAGUAAAGGCCACUGAUCUGGACCUGGGCGUUAAUGGGCAAGUCCGUUACCAACUGGUCAGUCAUAAAGAUCUCUUCAGGAUAAGCACUGAUGGCAGCAUCUUCACAGCUGUGCCUCUGGACCGUGAGGAAAGGGCUCAGUAUGAUUUGGUUGUGCAGGCUUCGGAUGGGGCCAAAGACCCUCGCAGGACCACCGUCACACUCUCCAUCAAAGUGCUGGAUGUGGAUGACAACAGUCCAGCCUUCUCCCAGCCUGCAUAUCACAUCACACUGCCAGAAAACAGCCGGGUGGGCAUGAUAAUCCUCAAUAUCAGUGCACUGGACCCCGAUCUGGAUGCGAACAUCACGUACCGUAUCAGGACCGAGGAGGCCAGAGAGCUGUUUGCAGUGAAUCCUCUCACCGGAGAGCUGAGGGUCCUUCACUCACUUGAUUUCGAGAAACUCUUACCAAAUGGAACGACAUGGAACUUUGUGGUAGAGGCUAUGGAUGGCGGAAGUGGCAAAAUGCCACCGGGGUUGGCCUCUAUUACCGUCACUGUGUUGGACAUGAAUGACUUCCCACCAGUGUUCAGUCAAAUGCUGUACCGGGGAAUGGUGGCGCCCAAUGCAAUCAAGGGGACCAUAGUGACCACCGUACACGCUGAGGACCUGGACCCACGGGGUACAGCGGCCAGUCGGGUUCACUAUAAAGUGGAUCUGGAGCAGUUUCCUUACAGCACUAGUAUCUUCGACGUGGAGGAGAACUCUGGCAAUGUUCUCACCAGGGUCAAUCUGAAUGAGGAGCCCAACACUAAAUUCAGUUUGGCAGUUAUUGCCUAUGAUGAUGGGGAGCCGGUGAAGUUCAAUAAGACUCUGGUGGAGAUCACUGUCCUGCAGCCGUCCAUCAUUCCUGUGUUCACGCAGGAGGAGUACAGGUUCUCUCCGGUCAGCGAAAAUGUCCCUGUGGGAACGGUCGCAGGAGUCAUCUUGGCGGCAGCCAUAAACCAGACCAUCGUCUACUCCAUCAUCGAUGGAAAUGAGGGCGGUGAAUUCAUUGUGAACAACAUCACUGGAGUUAUCAGCACUGCCAAGCCGCUGGACUACGAGAGUAACAGCAGUUACGUCCUCCGUGUGGAAGCCGACUCCAUGAGGGUGGUGUCAUCCAACCUACGAGCCCCAUCCAAAAGCAACACAGCAAAGGUCUUCAUCGAUGUGCACGAUGAGAACGACCAUCCUCCUGAGUUCACUAAGCCCUUUUACCUCGGUGGGGUUGCAGAGGAUGCCAAGACCUUCACCUCUGUUUUACAGGUCCAGGCUGUGGAUAAGGACACAGGGAAUUACAGUGCCAUGCUGUACAGGCUGAUUAUCCCCCCAACUACUGACGGGAAAGAUGGCUUUGUCAUUGAGCCCUUCACAGGAGUAAUUAAGACAGCCAUCAUGUACAGAAACAUGCGGCGCUCCUACUUCAAAUUUGACGUGGUUGCUACCGAUGACUACGGGAAGGGACUCAGCAGCAGCGCUCAAGUGGUGGUGUCAGUGGUUAACCAGCUGGACAUGCAGGUGGUCGUAUCCAACGUGCCGCCCACUGUAGUUGAGCAAAACAAGGAUCAGCUGAUUGGGAUUUUAGAGCGCUAUGUCCAGGACCAGAUCCCAGGAGCUAAAGUUGUUGUGGAGUCAAUUGGAGCGCGUCGUUUUGGCGAGGGUUAUGAACAGGAGGACUACUCAAAAUCUGACCUGAUGGUUUAUGCAAUCGACCCUCUGACCAACAGAGCUCUCUCAAGACAGGAGCUCUUCAAGUUUUUAGAUGGGAAGUUAUUAGACAUCAAUAAGGAGUUCCAGCCCUAUCUAGGUCGCGGAGGACGCAUUCUUGAGAUCCGUACGCCGGAUGUGGUGGAGAGCGUGAAGAAGGCGGUUCAUUCUGUUGGAUACACUGAGGGAGCCCUGCUGGCCCUGGCCGUCAUCAUCAUCAUGUGCUGUAUCCCGGCCAUCCUCAUCGUCAUCAUUACCUACCGACAAUUCAAAGAACGACAGGCAGAGUGUGCAAAAACAGCCAGGAUUCAAAUGGCACUUCCCACUGGCAAAUCUGGAGGCGCUGCCACCAACAAUCUGUAUGAAGAACUCGGUGACAGCACCAUAUCUAAGACUAAGAGGUGUGUUCUGAAGGACGGCGAUCAGCAGCGUCUCAUUAGCUCAUUUGCCUCCCAUGCCAUCACUGCUCACAAGCUGUCCAACGCUAAUGGAAUUCUGCUUAACAACUUGCCUAAGUCAGAAAGCAACAUUACUUUCCUUUCUGACGAGAACCCUCUUACUACAACCAAUCCCCUGUACCAUGAUGACGGCACCCUAAGCAGCCCUGAGCACCAAAAUCAGAGGUACCACCUGGGCAUGUAUUCACCAAACAUGAGUGGUCUGAGAAAGUCCAUCCUGCGCUUCCCAUCUACAGGCUCAGGACAUGCCUGGACUUUACCUUCUAGGUUGCACAAGUGUGAGACCAAUGAAGCCCUACGGAGUAGAAGGGUGGCGAUGGAUCCAGUUCAGUGGGAGCUGCAACUGCUGAAGUCCGACCUUAAGGACAGUGAGGAGAUGAUUGAUGGGUUUGAUGGGCUUGUAGACGAAGACCCAGAGCCCAAAUUGACAGUAAAAGAGCAGGCAUGGCAGUUUGAGCAGCAGGCCUUGCAGGACAUAAGGCAGAGGCAAGGCCAGGACUCUCUUGGGUCACUCCCUUCCGAAAUUAUUCUCUCUGUUUUUGAGACCCCACAGUCUUCAGUCAUGGGACAUAACAGCAGACCCCCAGCAAUAAUCAUUACCCAGAGUGACGGAACACCUCCACCUAGUCACAAGCCCACUCCACCAGUGCUGCGGAAGUUCAGCAGAAUAACUACCUAUCCCGAUGUGGAGUCUUAUGAGGUCAAUGUGGAGAUCAUCCCAGACCCACCAGAUGUACCUGCUCCACAACCCCCACCACCUCCACCUCCCUCCAGUCCCCCACCACCUCCACCUCCUUCCAGUCCCCCACCCCAAUCCAUUCCUGUCCCUCCAUCCCCACCAGACCCUCCCCAUCCAACCCCUCCACCUCCUCCUCCUCUCCCACCUCCCUUAUCACCAACCAUUUCCCGUUCCAUACCUCCUUCUCCAUUCGUCCUUCCUCCUCUUCCCUCAGUCAAAUCCCUUCGACCGGUGUCCUUGCGGCCCACACCACCGCCCGAGCCCGAGCCUCCCAAGAGGGAACUCAAAGGGAUCCUUAAGAACAUCCAGAACAUAGCUGACAUAGAGAAAUCCAUUGCCAACAUGUACAGUCAAAUAGAUAAAAAGCAGCGCCCACCGAAGAUUCUUCCCAAACCACAAGUGUCUGUCGAACCAGAGGCUGGUGUGUCAGAGGCGGAGCCUGUACAAGAAAUACCAGCACCAGAGAACAAUCCAAACAUGAACUCACUAGUGGAGGAGCAAGAGAAAUGCUUUCCUUCUCAGUCCACUAUCCUGUGACACUCUCUGUCCAUGUUGCUAUUACUGUCUUAGAAGCGGUUCACACAGGAUGCAUUCUAGCAUUACAGCAUUUUGCUAGAGUGCAGCAGAAUCAUAGACUGUAAAAAAAAAAAAAAAAACAAGAUGGACGGUGCACCUCCACUCUCUUCCAUUGAAGAAAAUUAAAACGUCAAUGUCCCAAUAGGGCGCGGACAUAUUGCGCUGAUUUGGGACCUGAGACUGCGCAGUAGUGAACUCGGGACCCGAGUCUGUGCAGUAGUGAGCAAAGUGGAGCUACAUCCCACCCACACACCCGCAGAGUCAAUCGCAAGCACAUGCCCCUGACCCUUUCUAAUUAGCUUGACUUCUCCAAUUUUUUGUCUGCUGAUUGCUGUACAAGAGGCUUGUGUUAAAAUAAGGUAAAUACAACUAGUUUGUGCCUCAGUUCGUUUAGAGAAGCUGUCAAUCUCAGCUGUCAAUCAUGAUGUCACACUCACAUUUUUAUAGCAUCACAUAACUAACUAAAACCAAACUUAUUUAAAAAUGAAUUCUUUAACUUACAUCAGUGUGGUAAAACUGAAUAAAAUUACAAAAAACAUCUUUGGGAAAAAAAUAUUUGAAAGGAAAUUUAAUUAUUUAGUUUGUCUCAUGUCCCACUCACGUCACACGGAGAGUGCAGGGUUUAUGACCUAUUCAGGACCAGCCACCUGGGGGGUGAUCAAAACAUUUCGGCUUCACUUUUUGCGGCACACUUAAGCAGAAAUGACAAUAGGCAAGGUGUUCCUAUACCUCAAAUAGUAGAGUAUGGUGCCAGCGACACCAGCUCAAGAAUGUGUCCUGUGUGAAUGGCCCCUUAGACUUAUCACUACGUUCUUGUCAUUUUUUUGUCUUAUCGUUGUCUUUCAUCUUACUGUAUAACAAAAUUAAAUAUUUGUGCUUUUAAAGUUUUUGUAUUUUUAAUAAGUUUUGCAAGAGUGUUUUAUUAUUUAGUUGAGAUAAACCUUCAUACAGGCAUUUUAAUGUUUUAGAACACAAAACACUAUUACUUAUAGAAAUUCUCCAAUUCAUAUGCCCUAACAUUGGGCUAUAUGUUACUGUCACUGGAUGGGAUAAAUGUCCUCAAUAAAGCUUUUCUCUGAGGUACACUGCAUGCACUAAUCUCUUAUUUCUCUUUCUUUCUUUUUCCUCAUGUUUUCUUUUGUUAAUUGUAUUAGCAUAGCCUUAAAG